UAGAUUGGUCAGCCUGACGGUGCAAUAGAAUUUUCGAGUGUUAAAUUUUAAUUUUUUAAAUUUUUUAAUCAUUCAUAGAAAUUCUUACAAAUACGUUGCAAUAAUGUCAGUUUCAGGCUUAAGACGACUGAAAGUAGUCAAUAAGUACGUCGAUUCGAUUCGUAGUGUGUCGUCUUUCUCACGCAGUCUUGUCUCGCGGCAGUCGCUCUGCUUUCGCUUGAAUACGACGUCAUAUUCUUCCCUUCUACCAUCAGCCAAGUUUAGUUCGACACACUUUAGACUCGCUUCAUCGCAAAGCAAUACAAUUAAAGCAGCCAUGGAAACUCAUGAAGUCGUCCCAGAUGUUAUUGAUGUUGCACCUGCUGCAACCAUUACGAUCAAGUAUGAUAGUGGGGUAGCUGUUGAUGGAGGAAAUGAACUGACCCCAACUCAAGUCCAGAAUCAACCCAUUCAUAUUGAGUGGCCUGUCGAAGAAGGAGCCCACUACACUCUCUGCAUGACUGAUCCUGAUGCCCCUUCAAGGAAUACACCAACAUUCAGGGAAUGGCAUCAUUGGCUUGUUGUGAAUAUUCCUGGCAAUGAUAUCAAGAAUGGAGAGGUUCUUUCCCAAUAUGUUGGAUCUGGUCCUCCAGAAGGCACUGGUCUGCAUCGAUACGUAUUUUUGGCUUACAAGCAGCCUGGCCCUCUUACCUGCGAUGAGCCUCGUUUGACCAACAGAUCAGGCAAACAUCGUGGAAAAUUCUCCAUUCGUAAAUUUGCGGAAAAGUAUAAUUUGGGUCAGCCAAUUGCUGGAAACGUGUACCAAGCGAAGUGGGAUGAUUAUGUCCCUAAGCUCUAUGAACAGCUUGGAGAUGAUUAAACGAUUCGUCAAUAUGGUAUUCAUUGCUGCUGGUCUAGCGCCUUAAGAUUUUCAAAUUUUGUAGCUGGGAUAUAUUAGCUUAAUUUUUCUGUGUAUCACAGUUCAUAAUAAAGAAUACCAUUAAAUAUGUUAACUCGA